CGCGCACGGUUACCGAGCGUGGAGGAGACACUGCCCUGCGGCGAUGGGUGCCAGGGGCGCUCCUUCACGCCGGAGGCAGGCGGGGCGGCGGCUGCGAUACCUGCCCACCGGGAGCUUUCCCUUUCUCCUCCUCCUGCUACUUCUCUGCAUCCAGCUCGGGGGAGGACAGAAGAAAAAAGAGAAUCUUUUAGCUGAAAAAGUAGAACAACUGAUGGAAUGGAGUUCCAGGCGCUCAAUCUUCCGAAUGAAUGGCGAUAAAUUCCGAAAAUUUAUAAAGGCACCACCUCGAAACUAUUCUAUGAUUGUUAUGUUCACUGCUCUUCAGCCUCAGCGGCAGUGUUCUGUGUGCAGGCAAGCUAAUGAAGAAUAUCAAAUACUGGCUAACUCCUGGCGCUACUCAUCUGCCUUUUGCAACAAACUCUUCUUCAGUAUGGUGGACUAUGAUGAGGGGACAGAUGUUUUUCAACAGCUCAACAUGAAUUCUGCUCCUACGUUCAUGCAUUUUCCUCCAAAAGGCAGACCCAAAAGAGCUGAUACUUUUGACCUUCAAAGAAUUGGAUUUGCAGCUGAACAACUCGCAAAGUGGAUUGCUGACAGAACGGAUGUUCAUAUUCGAGUCUUCAGACCACCCAACUAUUCUGGCACCAUUGCUUUGGCCCUGUUAGUGUCACUUGUUGGCGGUUUGCUCUAUUUAAGAAGGAACAACUUGGAAUUCAUCUAUAACAAGACUGGUUGGGCCAUGGUAUCUCUGUGUAUAGUCUUUGCUAUGACUUCUGGCCAGAUGUGGAAUCAUAUCCGUGGACCUCCGUAUGCUCAUAAGAACCCACACAAUGGACAAGUGAGCUACAUUCACGGAAGCAGCCAAGCUCAGUUCGUGGCAGAGUCACACAUUAUUCUGGUACUAAAUGCUGCUAUCACCAUGGGGAUGGUUCUUCUAAAUGAAGCAGCAACAUCCAAGGGAGAUGUUGGAAAAAGACGGAUAAUUUGCCUAGUGGGAUUAGGCCUGGUCGUCUUCUUCUUCAGUUUUCUACUUUCAAUAUUUCGUUCCAAAUACCACGGCUAUCCUUAUAGCUUUUUAAUUAAAUGAAGCCAAGUGGGAUUUGCAUAAAGUGAAUGUUUACCAUGAAGAUAAAGUGCUCCUGAGAUAUAGUUUGAAUUCUUGAGUUCAUUUCCAUGUUGUGAUAAUUCUAGCUUAUUCUUGUAUAAUUUUUGAAAUGUGUUUUCCUAGUGAAUUUAAUUUAUAGAAGUGGAUGGUUAAAUUUCAUAUUAGCACUGGAAAGAACAAAGGAAAUACUGAAGUGUUUUCAAGCAUAUUAUAGUCAGUAUAUGCUAUAGGACUGAAAUAAAUGACAAUGUAAUUACGAAUUCAUGUGUUAGAACUGUUCACUCAUUAGUAAAGAAAACCACAAUGUUAGUAAGGGAAAACUAUGAAAUAUAUGUUAAAGAAUCCUUAAGGUUGUACAGAGAUAAGGUAUAUGCAUGAUAUGUCACGUACUGAAAAAUUAUACUCAUUGUCAUUUCAGUAUAAAGGAUGUGUGUAUGGUUACAGAUGUUUUGUUC